CCUCAGACAUCCGGAGGAGGAGCAGUUCAGCCGCGCGCGCGAGGGCGACGAGGAGGAAGAGGAUUGCAAUAAUCGUAGCGGUGGUGGUGAGAGGAGCAACUGCGAUGGUGGCGCUGGCUGAGGCGAGGUAGCCUGAGCUCUGAGAGUUCGGGUUCGCGCGCCGCCUUCCGCUCUUCGAAUGCACGCGGGUGGUCGUGGUUGCAUUAUUACGGAGGUGGCGUAGUAUACGCGGUCUCCGUAAGAAGCUGAGGAAGAGAUGGAAAGUGGCAUCAAGAAACCGAGGAUCCAGCUAACUGGGUUUAAGAAACAAGAAAAGAAGACUUUAGUUGAGUUACUUUUGAAACUAGACUGUCUUUUCCUAGACACUGAGCAAUAUAGAAAUUGUACACACCUUAUAGCAAAGCAGCCUUGCAAGAGUGAAAAAUACUUAGCAGCAUGUGCAGCAGGGAAGUGGAUACUAACCAAGGACUACAUAAUUAAUAGUGCUGAAAGUGGCAGAUGGCUUGAUGAAACAACUUACGAAUGGGGAUAUAAAAUAGAAAAAGGCUUCCAUUAUUCUCCUCAAAUACAAUCUGCACCUAAAAGAUGGCGUGAAGAGCUGACAUGCUCUGGUGCUACAGGGGCCUUCCACAGAUGGAAAGUUGUCCUCCUUGUUGCAAAAGAUGAUAAAGGAAGGGAUUCUUUCACAAGGGUUCUAAAGGCAGGAAAAGCUACUAUAUGUUCGGCACUAAGUGCACCAAAAGAUAUUACUCAUGUACUAACUAAUAAUGCAGCAUUAAACCAAGAGAAAGAAAAGCAUCUCUUUGGAGCGCCAUACUAUCCGGUUCACUAUUUAGGGAUUUAUCUCUUAGAGAAUGAAAUAAAAAGUGAUAUUAAAACAUGCCUGGAGAGUGAUAUUAAACCUGAGCAAGAAGCAAGAGAGAUUAUAACUAAUGUGCAACUUCGUGAAAUGAGAAACAUGCUUAUAAAGCAUAUAUAUUUCCAACAGGCUAUGCUAAGCAAAUAUAAUCAGCUAGACCAAAUGAAGGAUUGCAGAAAAGAGGUGAAAAGUAAUUCUAGAGGAAUCAACAUUAUACUUGAAGAACUAGUAGGUGACCACUUGUUUCCUACUGCAGUCACAGAGUUUCGCUCUUGGAAAAAUCUUAUUCCUCCAGUUAAAUUUCUUCACUCUCUUCUAAAGCACAUACUACAGGGAAAUGCAGAUCCUACACUUUACGUUCAGUUUCUUCACAUCAUGUACACUCUGCUUCACCAAAAUCCUCCUUGGAAAUCACCUUCGAUGUUAAGAUACUACCUAGAAGUUCUUCAGUGUCCUGUUUGCAUGAAGGGAACAUGGCCUCUAAUGGAGAUGCUUGUGAGGUCUUGCCUUUUUUGCAGUCCUAUCUGUCAUUCAGUCCCUGUUUCGGUAACCAUAAAUGAGGAGAGGAUAUUUCACAAAAGAUUGUUAAUGUUUAUCCUGAAUGUGUUACAAGCUGAAGUGCUGGCAUUAACAAGAAGUUUGUGUGAAGGAUUUGAUUCACAACAUUUACAAGUGAUGCCACAGACAGUUCUUCUGAAGACCUUUUGGUUAGGAAACGAAUCGAUGCUUUUCACCAAACAGUUAAAUAUUCUAGUAGACUGGGUCAUCUGUUCAUCUAAAGACAAGUACAAGACAAGUGAUAUCUUCAAGCAUGAGAUGGCUGACCUAUUGAAUGGAAUUCUGGGAGCUGUGGUGGAAUAUUGGAUUAUUUCAGGGUUCAUAAUGGACAAGAAUAUGUUGCAUCCUGUAGCUAAUGACCUUGCAUCUUACAUUGCCAUUUCAUGUAAUGACUUCUCAACAGAGGAAUUAAAAUUAUUCAUUUCUUCUAUUCCAUCCUUGUGGCUUGAAAUGUUUGUUGCAGAAGCAGUUUUUAAAAAUAUGUCUUACCAGAGCAGCGCUAUAACUUCUAAUGAACUGCUCUCUCUUCAAAAAAUUGUUUGCUCCUAUCUGCCUGCUUUGCAAGUAGGAAUGCGUGAGACAGUGAAGAUGCAGAAAGCAAAGAAAAUGAAAAUAGGGCAAUGGCCUUGCCCUGAGUCUCAAAGGGCAUUACUGAUGCUAAAUGGCGAUAAGCAGAACCAAGCCGAAGUGCUGCCUGAUGUACCUGUUGAAACCACUGGUAACUGUUCUCAUGUUCCAAAGAAAUUGAGAAACAAAGCCAAAACUGAGAUGUUUUGUAGCAAAGAAAAUUGCCAUUCUUCAGCUAAACAGACAAAAGUUUACAAGGUUAAUCUUAAAGGAGAAACAGCCCUGCAUACUGUUUGUAAGAGUAACAAUGUGAAGAGAUUGGUGCAUCUUCUUUCUCUACCCGGAAUAGAUAUUAAUGCUAAAGACUAUGCUGGCUGGACGCCUUUGCAUGAAGCCUGUAACCAUGGUAGCACAGUGUGUGUCCGUGAAAUUUUGCAACAUUGUCCAGAGGUAGACCUGCUCAGUCAAGUGGAUGGGGUGACUCCCUUGCAUGAUGCACUGUCAAAUGGACAUGUAGAGAUUGCAGAGCUUCUACUUCAAUAUGGGGGACCAGUAUUGCUACAGCUGAAAGAUUCUGAAGGAAAACUGCCACUGGAUUACAUAGAGAGUGUAACUACUAAGCAACAUCUUUUGCAUGUUGUUAAGCCAGAAGAAACAGUUGAGAGCUUUCAUGCACAAGUGGAAAGCAAUUUCUGCAAUCAAAAAAGAGAAUUUUGGACAAUCUUAUUUUGCAAAAUGUUGCUAAACCUUUGUUCUGUAUAUAACUUAUUUACACCUCUUUCUGUAACCUCUAAACAGUUUGCCUUCUCAAAGCCAUUCCUGGUGACAGCUGGCUGUUACAAAUUUAAUACUAGCUCUCCUACCCAUUGGUUCAUAGAUCUUUACCUUAGGGAGCUUGAAAUGUUUCAGGAUCUCCCAGCUUAUCUUUGGAAAGCCAUAGAGGAAUUUAAAGGAGGGUCAGGAGAACAGAAACAAGCUUUUGUAGCAAUAUUACAACAAAUCUCAAGGACAAUUCAGAUAUCUAGCCUUUAGUUGGCAGACAAAGUUCCAAGCUAGCCCCACUUCUCUAAAUGAUAUAGUUAACAGCAUAUUAACUUCAACAUCCAGUGACAUCUAUGCCUACAAUAGGUUUGCCUACUGGUCUUCACAAAGGAAGUGGUGAUGAUUACAUAGUGCCUUAGAAUUCCCACUUAAAAUGUAGCAUGUAAGUGCCAGCAGAUUGUACUUCUCUACUCUGCCAAUUUGAAAAUAUAUAUACGCUUAGUGACCUCGGCUGAGGUAUAGCUAAGCAAAGUUUAAUUGAACAGAGUGCAUAUUGUUUACAAUGUGAAUAUUUAGGUGAAAAAUGUAUGUAACUGUAUGGAAAAGUUCAUGUUUUCAAAAUGCUAAUUUAAAUUUACAGCAACACCUCACCAAUUCAUAUCCCUAAUUGGUUAAAAAGACAAAUGUACUCUUAAAAUGUUAAGAGUUCAGUAGUGCAUUUCCACUAUAAAAUGAGUUGGAAAUGGGACUGGAAUGAUGGCAAUGGAUCCCUUUGCUACCAUCCUCUCUUUCUCUCAAUACUCUGACAUGUCAUCUUUGUAGUGGUAACCAAGAAUUUAUCAGAGAGCUCAAAAUUAAAGAUUGUAAGAGAAGCUUACUAAUAAUAUUAUUUAAUAUUAAAAUUCUUAUGUAGUGUUUGAAGAAAAUAAACUGAUACCCUACUGGAUAUAAUUGUAGAGAGGGCACUGGUUGACUAGGGGCCAGUUGAACAAUGCAACUGGCUGACUGCAAUUGUCACAUUACAACUUCUAUUUUGCUUUUGUACAGAGAUAGCAGUCUCUUGCAAGCUGUUUUGGCUUUCUGAUAAGGAAUGAUACCAAAUAUAACUUGGUAGUGUGUAUUCAUACAUUUUAUAUGACUAUAAUAAAGAUCUGAAACAUUUUCUCAUA